GAGAGGGAGGGGGGGAUGCUGGUGGACCGAGGCGGGACAUUUCAGCAUCACCAGUCCUCGUGCACAUCUCGUCGAGUGCACAUGCUGCUUCCUCAUCCUCAUCACCAUCACAAAAAGGACAGCUGAAGCGUGGCCCCGCCACCCCAUGACCUUCAUUUGGCUGGCUGCUGAAUAGAACGUCUAUGUGGACCCAGAGCUGAGGAGGGAGCAGCAGAGACUACUGGUGAACUCGUGACUCCGCCUACAGCCUUCCUCCCCGCAUCUUCCUUUGCUUCCCAUCCUCGUGCCGCCUCCCCGCCACCAUGUCUCACCUCGCCUCACCCGCCCCCUUCCUCAUCCUCUUCCUCCUCUUCCUCUCCCCGCUACCACCCUGCCGGUCAGAGUCCCAGCGCGGUGCGGCGGGCAGCGACACUGAAAAUCGAAUAGGCUCCGCCUCCAUGCUGCCCUCCUCUCUGCCUUCCACCGGGCCUUAUGGGAACAGCAGCGUGUCCAAACAUGGCAAGUGCGACGAAGUGACGGUUUGCAAGCCCGGCAUCCUGCUGCCAGUUUGGCAGCCCAACAGACCCGGGCUCGGAGACCAGGUGGCCAGAGCCGUGGUCUACUUUGUGUCGCUCAUGUACAUGUUCCUGGGCGUGUCUAUCAUCGCAGACCGCUUCAUGGCGUCCAUUGAGGUCAUCACAUCACAGGAGAAGGAAGUGACCAUCACGCUGCCAAAUGGGGAAACGUCAGUGGCGACAGUUCGAAUCUGGAAUGAAACAGUGUCUAAUUUGACCCUCAUGGCUCUGGGCUCCAGCGCCCCAGAGAUCCUGCUGUCUGUUAUAGAGGUGUGUGGCCACCAAUUCAAGGCAGGCGAGCUGGGGCCGGGAACCAUCGUUGGGAGCGCUGCCUUCAACAUGUUUGUGAUCAUUGGCAUCUGCGUGUGGACCAUCCCUAAUGGCCAGGUGCGCAAGAUCAAACACCUCAGGGUGUUCUUCAUCACCGCCUUCUGGAGCAUCUUUGCCUACAUCUGGCUCUACCUCAUUCUGUCCGUCAUGUCGCCCGGCAUUGUGGAGGUGUGGGAGGCCUUGGUGACGCUGCUCUACUUCCCAGUGUGUGUCCUCCUGGCUUGGGUUGCCGACCGCCGCCUGCUCUUCUACAAGUACAUGGGCAAGCGGUACCGUGCCGACAAACGCCACGGCAUCGUCGUGGAGAUGGAGGGAGACUUGACACCCAGCAAGGGUGGCGUGGAGAUGAUCACUGACGGCAAGUUCCCGCCACGAGGGGGCACCGUGGUGCCGGCUGAGAACUGUGGAAAUGGGGACGGCGGCGCGGGUGUGGCCACCAAUAACAUCGGCGCGGCAGCAGGGUCCACGUCGACGGGGGCCGGGGGAAACCUGCCCAACUCCAACAGCGCUAUGGUCAACGCGGAGAGCAGUCGGGAGCUAGAUGAGAGCCGCAAGGAGGUCAUUCGCAUCCUGAAGGAGCUGAAGCAGAAGUAUCCUGACAAAGAACUGGACCAGCUGGUGGAGCUGGCCAACUACUACGCGCUGCUGCACCAACAGAAGAGCCGAGCCUUCUACCGCAUUCAGGCCACUCGCAUGAUGAUCGGAGCCGGUAACGUUCUGAAGAAACACGCCGCUGACCACGCUCGCCGCGUUAUUGUCAGCGACGAGGAAGCGCCAGAAGACGACGACCUGGCCGUGUGCAGCCGUAUCUCCUUUGAAAGCGCUCACAGUCAGUGCAUGGAAAACUGUGGUGUCCUGACGCUGGCUGUCGUCUGCCAAGGGGGGCUGGGAGAGAACACCUUCUAUGUGGAUUACAGGACCGAGGACGGUUCGGCCAACGCUGGGUCAGAUUAUGAGUACAGCGAAGGAACUCUGGUGUUCAAACCUGGCGAGACUCGCAAGGAGAUUAAGGUUGGAAUCAUCGACGACGACAUCUUCGAGGAGGACGAGCACUUCUUUGUGCGGCUGCUCAACCUGCGUGUCGGCGAUGCAGAGGGCAUGUUUGAGAGCGACGAGGCGGGCGCCACCCCCAAAGCUCGCCUGGUGGAGCCCCUAGUCGCCACGGUCACCAUCCUGGACGACGACCACGCCGGCAUCUUCACCUUCAGCGAGCGCAUGGUGCGGGUGAGCGAGAGCGUGGGCACCAUGGAGGUGACGGUGGUGCGCAACUCGGGCGCCCGCGGCACGGUCAUCCUGCCGUACCACACCGAGUCAGGCACGGCGAAGGCCGGCGAGGACUUUGAGGACGCGCAAGGCGAGCUGGAGUUCACUAACGACCAGACGACUCAAACACUCCAGGUGAGGAUAAUUGAUGAUGAAGAAUAUGAGAAACAUGAAAACUUCUUCAUCGUCUUGGAGGAGCCACGCUGGCUGAAGAGAGGAAUCUCAGCUCUGCUGCUCAGCCAAGAGGGGGCAGAGGGGCAGCUGAGCGCGGAGGAGGAGGAGGCCCGACGGAUCGCUGAGAUGGGAAAGCCCAUCCUGGGGGAGCACAGUCGCCUGGAGGUGGUCAUUGAGGAGUCCUACGAGUUCAAGAGCACCGUCGACAAGCUCAUUAAGAAGACCAACUUGGCGCUGGUCAUCGGCACGCACUCCUGGAGGGAGCAGUUCGUGGAGGCGGUCACUGUGAGCGCAGGUGACGGCGACGAUGACGAGGAGGGCCGCGAAGAGCGCCUCCCGUCCUGCUACGACUACGUCAUGCACUUCCUCACCGUCUUCUGGAAGGUUCUGUUUGCCUGCGUGCCCCCCACCGAGUACUGGAACGGCUGGGCCUGCUUCUGUGUCUCCAUCAGCGUCAUCGGCCUCCUCACCGCCAUCAUCGGAGACUUGGCGUCGCACUUUGGCUGUACGGUGGGACUCCGGGACACGGUGACAGCCGUGGUCUUUGUGGCUCUCGGGACGUCCAUUCCAGACACUUUUGCCAGCAAAGUGGCCGCCAUACAAGACCAGCAUGCCGACGCCUCUGUCGGAAACGUCACUGGAAGCAACGCUGUCAACGUCUUCCUGGGAAUCGGCGUGGCGUGGUCAGUGGCUGCCGUCUACUGGAAGAUCCAGGGGAAGCCGUUCAAGGUGGAGCCGGGCUCGCUGGCUUUCUCCGUCACGCUCUUCACCAUCUUUGCUUUCAUUUCCAUGGCCGUGCUCUUGUUCCGACGCCGGCCUUCCAUCGGCGGUGAGCUGGGCGGCCCCCGGGUGUCCCGCAUCCUUACCAGCCUGCUCUUCCUGGGCUUGUGGUUCCUCUACAUCCUCUUCUCCAGCCUGGAGGCGUACUGCCACAUCAACGGCUUCUAGGCAGGAGACAGCCAAGCCAAUGUGAUUCCACAGCAACACACACAUGCUUUGACACGCUCAACACGCUACAUGUGCAGGUUAAGACGGCUUCUUGACACACACACACACACACACACACACACACACACACACACACACACACAAUGCAUGCAUGUAUAAAGUGAUGAUAACAAACAUGGGUAAAAGGAAGUUUAUCAAUGGUGAGAAGAGCAAAGUGAGCGUUGACAUGGAUGCUGAUGAAGGUCGUAUCAGAGGAUCAUUCUGCUGUUGGGAAAGUGUUUGGCCAAGAACAUCCAUCCCCCUCCUCCUCUGUAUGGCCUCUGGAACCACAGAGAAGGCUCAAUGGAGUCGAAUGUUUACAGUGACUUUGUUUACUGCACGGGAAGAAGCUUGUUAAGUGUUUACACGGCUAAUGGACGGCUCAGAGGAAGGCACUUUUCCACAGGCGCUGUAAAUAGAACUGCACAUCUAUAGCCCGGACGUCCAACAUGAAAACCAUCAUUGGGAGGAAUCAAAGUGUCGCUACACGCUUCGCUGUCAUCCUGCACGGUUUCCAUUGUCACUAUAUCCCCAAAGACGGGGGACUUUUUUAGCAUGUGUAGCCAGGUGCGGUGCCUCACCUCAUAUGUCAAGUAGAAUUGUACUGUAAAUGACCAUCUUUGCAUUUGUGCGACGGUGUGUGUGUGUGUGUGUGUGGGUGUUUACAGUCAUGGCACUGAGGAGUGCUAGUGGGGCCAAUAAUCCACUACCGCAGCAUGAAUCGGUGGACCAAGUGGUGGAAGGUAAUGAAUGGGUGGUCCAAGAAGCCCAUGAGGUUGUCAAUUUAGCAUCUAAAGCCAGGGACUUAUGAGAAGAGGUUGCUGUAUUCAAGUUAGAGGCACUUCUCGGAAUAUUACACAGGAUCCGCACUUGCACAUGAAUUUGGAACACCACCCAUGCAAAUGCCUUAACAACUACUACAGGCUCCAGUGGAGAAAAACAAUAGUUCUCAUUUAACUUGUCCUCAUAUGACACACCGCACAGUUCCUCAACGCUUGCAACUAGUAGUAGACCCAGGGUGGCUUGUCUUGACGUAGAUGCAGCACUAUGUAAUCACGUCUAGUACAUCUAGUGGUGUUUUAGUACUGUAUUUUCCAGAGUAAAAGUCAAAAAAUGUGUCAUGAAAAGGAAAAAAAAUAUUUGUAAGUCACACUGGAGUUGCAUCCUAACAAUAUUACAUUCACAACAGAAGAAGACAAAGCCAGAGGGAGGGGGCAAUGUUUACACCAACAACUAAAGGUACAAAAGCUGAAAUAAGUCCAAGUUUUAAGUAUAUGGAUACCCUGUGGCGGACGUUGUAUUUCAUACUUGAGCCUUCAAUGGAGACUUCAGCAACCAAGUCCACCUUUUAAUAACACCACUAUCAUGUAACUAUUAUACAAAGCAUCAAUAAUAUACAAAAACACAAUAUAACAAUGCGUUGCAUUGCAGAAUUAUGUAUGAACGCCAUUAUUACUGCUUGUUCCAAGCAACAAAUCCAGUUAACCUACAGCAAUCUUUGAAUACAUCGUCACUAAACAACUCUGACUACAAAGGAAUCAACCAAUCAGAUGACAGAAAAAUGCUAACUUCACUGUGUAUCAGCCAGCUGGCCUGCGAGGUGAAUCCGAAAUCUAAAAAACCCCCCCACCUCCAUUGCUUAUAGUGCAUGUAUGUGACGUGGGCCAGCACUCAUGAUUUUGAAGGCCCCGGGCAGAUUACAUUGACAUGGCAACACAUAAAAAAAAUCUAACAUACACUACUGGAAGCAGUGCAGCCAAGAGACACGCUACAAACAAAAUGAAGAUAAUGAACUGUUAUUAAUAAAUUAAUACAAUUUAGUGCAAGAAAUACUAGGAUUUAAGUUGUAAAUGUAGGUCUGUGUUUCUGAUAGUGUUUAGGCCUGCAGAGAAGGCCUUGCUGGCCUUGACUACACCAGAAUGUUCUCGAAGAAGAUACUUUUCAUACGUGACUUGACGCCUGGACUUGUACAAACGUAUCAAAUAGGUGUAUUUUAACACCAAAACUUCCAGUUUUGUAUUCACAAAUGAAUGAAAAUAGACUGCAAAUCAUAUGUAUGUAGUUAGUCAGUGGCUGACACAGCAGCUGCAAUCUCCAAGCUGGACAUGAUUAGUAUAAACUUGCACAUUACUUACAGACACACAAUCUCCAAGGUAGAAGCGUCUUGGAAAGUGUUCCGUAACAAAGAGCGUCCGGGAUGCUGUGUAUCGUUCAAUUUGCGUGCCUAACUGCAUCACAAACUCAACUCAGUGAAUUAUUGUGGCCACUAGGUGUCGCUAAAACACACAACCAAAA